GUCGUACGGGACUAUAAUCUUCAGCUGUUUUUACAAGAGAACGCUGUAUUUCACAAACCUCAGCCCUUCCAGUUCCAGCCCUGUGACAGUGAUACUAGCCGACAAUUAGAAUCAGAAACUGGAACCACAGAGGAGCACAGUCUAAACAAGGAGGCUCGAAAAUGGGCUACACGUGUGGCACGUGAGCACAAAAACAUUGUUCACCAACAACGGGUACUAGAUGAUCUGGAAUGUCAUGGAGUUGCAGUAUCAGAACAAAGCCGAGCAGAGUUGGAACAGAAAGUAGAUGAAGCUAGAGAAAAUAUUCGUAAAGCAGAGAUAAUUAAGUUGAAAGCUGAAGCCCGGCUGGACCUGCUAAAACAGAUUGGUGUUUCUGUGGACACAUGGCUAAAGAGUGCAAUGAAUCAAGUAAUGGAAGAACUGGAAAAUGAACGCUGGGCUCGCCUUCCCGCAGUGACCAAUAAUGGCACUUUACACUCGCUUAAUGCAGACCCUGAAAGAGAAGAAGGAGAAGAGUUUGAAGACAACAUGGAUGUUUUUGAUGACAGCAGUUCCAGCCCUUCUGGCACCUUACGAAAUUAUCCACUCACCUGCAAGGUUGUUUAUUCCUACAAGGCUUCUCAACCAGAUGAGUUGACCAUUGAGGAACAUGAGGUGUUAGAAGUGAUUGAAGAUGGAGAUAUGGAAGACUGGGUAAAGGCUCGAAAUAAAGUUGGCCAAGUGGGUUAUGUGCCAGAAAAGUACCUACAGUUUCCCACCUCGAACAGUCUCCUGAGCAUGCUGCAGUCCUUGGCUGCUUUGGACAGUCGGUCACACACAUCCAGCAAUUCCACGGAGGCCGAGCUCGUUUCAGGCAGCCUCAACGGAGAUGCCAGUGUCUGUUUCGUGAAAGCACUUUAUGACUAUGAGGGCCAAACAGAUGAUGAGUUAUCCUUUCCUGAGGGAGCAAUCAUCCGAAUCCUGAACAAAGAAAACCAGGAUGACGAUGGCUUCUGGGAAGGGGAAUUCAAUGGGCGGAUUGGAGUUUUCCCAUCGGUGCUAGUGGAAGAACUUUCAGCCUCAGAAAACGGUGACACUCCAUGGAUGAGAGAGAUUCAGAUCUCUCCUUCCCUCAAGCCACCAGACUCGCUGCCUCCACUGCCGCUGUAUGACCAGCCUCCCAGCAGCCCUUACCCCAGCCCUGAUAAGAGGAGCUCCCAGUACUUCCCUCGCUCUCCCUCAGCAAAUGAAAACAACUUCCAUAGCGAAUCGCCAGGAUGCUCACAGGCUCCAAGGCCUACUCCUGAGACCUCAUAUGGCAAACUGCGACCCGUCCGGGCAGCUCCCCCUCCACCUACACAGAACCACCGAAGGCCAGCAGAGAAGAUUGAGGAUGUGGAAAUCACACUGGUGUGAUGUUGGGUUUGCCCAUCCAUUACUGCUACAAUCAAGGCCAGGCUUGGCAUUUGGCCAGUCUUGUUUUUUAGGCACCUUUGCAUGAUGAUGACUCUUGAACAGAGCAAAAACAAGGAGGAUUAUGUGACUGGGUGGCCUGGUGGACUCCUCCCAUGUUUUGAAUAUUUUGUGCCUUUUUUUGUUGUCAUUUUCUAUGUCAUCUCUCCUACCAUAGCACAAAUCCUAGCAGGCCCUAGAAGCAGAGGAGGACAGCCCUCAUGCCUAACAGUGGCCCAUUUUUAUAUGAGACUCAAGACCAGGCCUUACUCAGGGCACAGUCACAGAGAAACUGAUCAUGUGCACUCGUACAGUAUAUUACUGUGGCCACAAGGAUGUGGCAGAGAUCCUCAUCUUUCUUCAAGUGGCUUUUGCUCGUCUGAUUGAGUUUAAUCAAAUCAUGUUGGCUACGUAAGGAAUUAGAAGGAGGGAUUUCAGGAGGCUGGCUCCUCCCCGCAGUUAGUCCCCAGACCAAGAAAGUAACCUUACUGAACAAAAGUGGACUGCCCUGAGUUUAUCGCCAAUUGCAUUAAUGCACAUCUCUUCCACAACUAACAGAUUUAAAACAGUAACAGUGUCCUUUGUAUUAAUAUUUAUGCCAUUCAUUUAGUAUUAGUGGAGCUAAUAAAGAGGAGCUGAACUAAUAGCCAAAUCUUGUCCAUCACAUAGACUAAUAGAAAGGAGGCUGUGGCUGAAGCAGAAAUGGAGCUUCCAGAUCUGAAAUGAGCUGAUUUAAUGUUCUUUUUGUAUUUGGGUAUUUUUCAUCUUAAUUUUUGCAGCAUAUAUUCUUCUGACCAAUACCUUUAGAAUCUAAAUGUCGAGAUAAAUUGGGGACACAUACUUGCCUUGUAGAGCUUCUCUACUGGGGAGGCCCCUCGUGUUGUUUUUUUCCCAAGCCAGUGCAUGAGCCCAGACCGCCAGCUUGUGGCUGCUCCAGAUCAACGGCCACCCACCCCGCCCAUGAAAGUGCAGCUUCCCAGGUCCACUGACCUGACAUUUCCUUAAGAGGAAGAACCUGGGGCUCAUGGAGGAAACCAGCUUCCCAUGAAAAAGCACUAAAGGAUUGCACACCCCUGCACAAGUACAAACUGAUAAAGAAAAGACAAGUUCUCCAUGUCACAAGGAGAGCCCAGAGUAGCUUUCUCCACAGGCUAGCAAGCUCAUGGUGGCAGGUGGCCCAGGGUAGGGCUCUGUCAGCUCUCCACCUCCUGUGGAAGAUGGGGGGUGCCGAACCUAGGGACGAAGGGAUUUUUCCAGUUGCUUUUUUUUUUUUUU